AUGGCCUCCUCUUCAGUGGCCAUUCGAGAAGCUGUGCCAUACAGGAUAUUUCGUGAGGUACAUUCAGAAGUUCGAACUGUACUUGAUUAUUUCUUAUCCACAAUUCCAUAUCCUGCAAAAUCACGCGGUGCAUUUUUACUUUUUUGUGCGAUCAAAAUUCAUGAUAUUGAAUCUGGAAAGCGUGUAUGGAUGUUGCUUCAAGCUCAUGAGCACACACCGAUUUCCGCUGUGGUUGUGACUGGCGAAAAUCAAUGGGCAACGGGUGAUGAGAAGGGUCUUGUUAAACUCUGGGAUAAACGUCAACCGGGUCCUGGUCUAACUAUCAAACGAGAAGAUGAGAACCCAACAAACCCCGCAUUUAACACAAUCAAUGACUUGGCCGUGGGUAACCGCGACAAGAAAUGGCUCUAUGCCGCAACGGAUGAUGGAUCUCUGGCAGUGUAUAAUCUUCGUCGACGUCGUUUGGAUAUGGUUUCCGACACCCUGGGUUAUAGUGCUCGAUCUGUAGCUGUCAUUCAUGUGUCCACUGCGUUUUGUAUUCAGCACCUCCCUUUCCUCUCUGUUGAUGAUUUCAGAAUGACAGUCAUGUCGUUGUGGGCACCGAAGAAGGAGUACUUUGCCAAUUCCAUGCUGAUGAGUACGAAGCGUGUUCAGAACGGUUCCCUUUAA